AUGUCCAAACAAUUCACCAUCGAAGAAGUCGCCAAGCACAAGUCUGAGAACGACUGCUGGAUUAUUGUUCAUGGCAAGGUGUAUGAUGUUUCGAACUUUCUAAAUGACCACCCUGGCGGAAAAAAGGUGUUGUUGAAAGCAUCAGGCACCGAUGCUACAAAGCAAUUCGACGCCUUCCAUAAUCGAGCUGUGCUUGACAAGCUUGGUGCUAAAUUUUUGAUUGGUGAAGUGGGCACCGGUGAGCCUCAAGCUUCAGCAGCAGAGGAAGAAGAAGAUGAAAAGUCCCCCUUGCAGAUUGGUGAGACAUUUGGUGAUAUGGUGCCUUUUGGCGAUCCCAUGUGGUACCAAGAUUGGUAUAGUCCUUUCUACAACGACUCGCAUCGUAAGCUGCGCAAGUUUAUGCGUGAUUUUGUCGACAAGGAAGUCAUUCCUUAUGCACACGAAUGGGAUGAAGCCAAACGUCUUCCAGCUGAGCUAUAUACCAAGGCUGCCAAGGCUGGUAUCCUUGCAGCUGCAUGCCAUCACGCUCCCCCAGAAUUGCUCCCUUAUGGUUAUCCUGCUGGUAUCAAGCCUGAGGAAUGGGAUUCCUUCCAUAAUGUGAUUGUCGUUGAUGAGCUAUCACGUUCAGGCUCCGGUGGUAUUACAUGGGGUCUUAUUGGAGGUUUAGGUAUCGGUCUUCCCCCUGUGGGAUUGUUUGGAUCGGAAGAACUCAAGCGUAGGGUGAUUCCUGAUGUACUCAAGGGCGAGAAGUUCAUUUGUUUGGCGAUCACUGAGCCCUCUGGAGGAUCAGACGUAGCGAAUCUAGUAACUGAAGCCAAGGAUAUGGGCGAUCACUACUUGUUAAACGGCGAAAAGAAGUGGAUCACCAAUGGUGUAUUUGCAGACUACUUUACAGUGGCAUGUCGCACUGGUGGACCUGGAUUUGAAGGCAUUUCAUUCCUUUUGGUCGAGCGAUCCAUGCCAGGUGUUACAACACGUCAAAUGCAAUGUUCCGGUGUUUGGUCGUCUGGCACUUCUUAUAUCACCUUUGAGGAUGUCAAGGUACCCAAGGCAAACUUGAUCGGUGAAGAGAAUCAGGGUUUCCGUUACAUUGUCGCCAACUUCAACGCUGAGCGUAUGGGUAUUGUCAUUCAAGCUAAUCGAUUUGCACGUGUGUGCCUUGAGGAUGCCAUCGUGUACGCACACAAGAGAAAGACUUUCGGCAAACGUCUUAUUGACCACCCUGUGAUUCGUAACAAGAUGGCACACAUGAUCCGAAAAAUCGAAGCGACACAUGCAUGGAUGGAGAUUCUCGCCUAUCAGGCCUUGCAUAUGCCUUUGGAUCUUCAACCUUUGCGUCUUGGUGGCCACAUUGCUUUGUGCAAGGCUCAAUCCACACGUACAUUCGAAUUCUGUGCACGUGAAGCUGCUCAAAUCUUUGGUGGAUUGUCAUAUACACGUGGUGGUCAAGGAGAGCGUAUCGAACGUUUGAAUCGUGAGGUCCGUGCUUACAGUGUACCUGGUGGAUCCGAAGAAAUUAUGCUUGAGCUGGGUAUUCGUCAAUCGACCAAGAUUGCCUCCUUUAUGGGUGCCAAGAUGUAA